AAGUGGAGCUGUGCCGGUAACCUUCCAGUAACCUUCCAGCUCCAAGUUGCUACCUACACAUCCCAGGUGCUCCGUACAGUAUCAUCUUGACCUAACCCAACAGCCCACGGCCCCUACUAGUACUGGGUUGGUAGAUCCAACUUCGAUACGAUUGAUUCGCCGCCGAGUUGCGCAGCUCACUCUUCAUACGGACUAUCAUGGCUGAUCUCGAGCGGACGGUCCUUGAUUUCUACCAGAUCUCUACGCUCAAUCCGGGGCAAUGGCCCGCCGAAAAGGACAACGACAGCGACGCUAACCGGAGGAAGUCGAGGUACCAAGCCCUGGAAAGGGCUGUAAGCACCAGAAGCAGUAUUGUCCCGGGGUCUGAGAACUCGGGCAGCGGCGUCGGCAAUCUGGUGCAGAGGGACGAGCCGGACCCUCUUGGGACCACCGACAGCGUUGUACGGACACUAAAACACUUGGGCGUUCCGCUGCAAGAUGACUUGAGGCUUCGCAACCGCUUCCUCCUCUCUUCGACAACAUUCUCGCCGGCCCUAUUCCUCUCUCAGAUGCAUGCCACGGCCGACACCCAAUCUCUAAUCAACGGCCUCGAGGUUCUCUCCAAGUCUAUCGACCAGAAGUCGGCGUCGCUCAAGGUUCUCGUAGAGUCCAACUUUGAGCGCUUCGUCCGCGCCAAAGCCACCAUCGAUAAUGUGUACAAGGAGAUGAAAUACCGCGGCGCCGAUCCGACGCCCACGCGCGCUCGAGGCCACUCGCGUCACGCCAGCAGGGCUAGCUUCCGGAGUGGCAGCGGGCCCCAGCCCCUAAACAGCCCCCACUCGCCUGCAACGGAUCCUCGUAGGAAGAAUGCGUUGAUCAAGGAGAGCGAGUUUGGGGUUCUCGGUAUCAAAGCACCACUGCUGGACGUCUCGGCGAAGGCAGAGGAUGUCUGGGGGCCCGCGCUGGGUGGAAGGGAGAAGGAAGAGCAUCUCAAGACGGUGGCCUCUUGUCUCGACCAGUACAAAGAGUAUGUAGAGACGAGCGCGGCGAUAUCCGACAGCAUCAAGCGCAAGGACCACGAGACUCUGGUCGAGGAGUACACGAAAGCGAGGAAGUUCGCCGACGAGGCGAAGCGGCUAGCCGAGGAGGUCAGAUCGUCGCAACCCACCGACGACCAGCUGUACCGUAUCCUCCUGGCAGCGCGAAUGUGGCACGAUGUUGAGGAACAGAUCCAAGUCCUCAAGCGAGACAUAUGGCGAAGACUCAUUUCUCCCUACAACAUGGCGAAGGCAGAUAACGCAGGCCAGCACGAUACCGACCAGCACAUGGAGCUGAUAUCGCUUCUUUUGGAGCUGGGUGUCGAGGACAAUCCGAUCUGGGUCUGGCUGCUGAGUCGCUACGACUACCUAAAGAGCAAGAUCCAGUCCACAGCUGAGCGAGCGAAGGUCGAAAUCGAGAUCUUGCGGCGCCGACUGGCGAACGCGGAGAAGCCGAGCCCACAAACGAUUGCAUCUCAUAUGCGGACGCUGGGAAGGCAGGCAAUCGAGACCACGUCGAAGACCUUUGACUCCGCCGACGUCGUCGAGCUCUGGGAGAUGAACGUUAGUUUCCUAACCAACCUGCUCUCGUCUCAGGGAAUAUUGGGCGAGGUGCUCGAGUUCUGGCAGACGGUGCAGGGAUUCAUUGAUGGCAAGACGCAGAGGACUCUGCCGGUCGGCUACAACGGGGAGUCGCAAGACCAUCACCGGCUUUCCCAGCAGGGCACGACAGAUCUCCAGAAGGGCACAGUCGAGCUGAUCAGCAUGCUACGGGAGAACGUUCUCAUGUUCUUUGCUGGACCUCCCCCCGAGGAUCUCUCGCUGCUGUUGUCCCCUAUGCCACCCCAUUCGCCAGGCACUCCCGGCGCCGCUUCCAUCUCCAGUUCUCUCUCACCGAGGGACCCCCGCUUCAACCUUGAUCCGAGCAACCCGCCGCCUCCAUCACCAAAGAGAGGAGAGGCCUGGGAGAAGUUUGCUUUUUGGCCGCCGUGGUCCAAUUCUCUCAGCGGCGUGCAUUUCCUUUCCAAGAUGCUCGUCCUUGUUGGGUCGGGCGCGUCGGACAUGGCGUCUGUUUCCCCAGUGGGGAGAGGAGAUACCGCUGAGCUGGAGCGAAUCAAGACGCUGGUGGGGGUCGCGAGAGAACGAUGUGUGACUGCGCUCUGUGCGGCGUGGAAUAGGGACGCGGAGAAUAUCAAGUACGUGGAGGACUGGAACCGGUCACCGGAUAGUCGAGACGUGACCAAGAUGCCGGCCAGCUUUGCCGCUUUUGAGGGUGCAUUGCUCAGCGGGAUGCAAAAGAUCCUCUACAUCUCGGAUGCCAUGUCGAAGCCGGGAGCAGGGGAUAUUGUCCUCCCUCCGCCGACGAAGCUGCUGCAGAUGGUUCGUAGCCAAUACGUGACCACUCUUUAUAAGGCGCUCAGCGGGAUGGUGGAAAACGCCGAGCGCUUCCCCAAGAAGACGGACGACGAGUGGACUGUGGACGCCGACGGAUAUGUCUUGCUGUAUAACCCGGCGAACACGCAGCUUUCGGCGUCAGCUGUCGGCGGAGGCACGAUAGAUGCGGGGGAUAGAAACAUCCGCAUGCUUCUAACUCUCAGCAACCUUCAAGCGCUGCGUUCCAACGUCGUCCCGAGCCUGAACACGCAGUUCGAGAAUGCCUUCUCGGUCAAGCUAACUGACGAAACGAAGACGAUCCGCGACGUCCUCGGCCAGAUCGACGCCCGUCUCUUCCAAUCCUACACCCGCCCCUCCAUCGACUCGCUCAAGCGCGUCAUCCGCGCCGGUGUCUCGUCUCCGGACUGGUUACCGCCGCCCGGCUCCAAACCGCGCGAGGUCCGCCCGUAUGUUUACGAGGCCCUCCUGGGACUAGUUCUUGUGCACACCCAGGUCUCCACAACCGCCGCCUCCCUCACCACUGAAGUGCUCUCCUACCUGCUCGAGCAAGUCUCCCGCGAGCUGCUCGACGCUUUCAAGACCCGGCCUCGCUACAACCUCGAAGCUCUCAUGCAGGCGACGCUAGACGUAGAGUUUGUAGCGCAGACGUUAAGCCACUACACGACCGACCGCGCCUCGGAGCUGCAGAGCGCCAUCUACCAGGAGCUGGACGGGCGCACCGACAACGAUGCCCGCGCGCGACUGCAGGCCGAGCUGCCCGAGAUGCGGGCCGUGCUGAAGCGGUUGCGAGAAGCGAGCAAGAGCGAGUUUGCUUGCUUUAGAAAGCCCAAGAAGUCGGCAACUGGUCGGGGUGCGUCUGUAAGUGGAAGCGGCCCGGGUCCUGGGCCACUGGAGAGAAGGGAUACAGGGGGUAGCGUGGGGAGCAUAUAAUAGAAAUGUGGUGAAACGAUGAAUCGGACAUUAGCAUUGAUGUAUUCAGGAAAAUAUACCUCUGCCGCUUGCCAGCGGUCAGAACCAGUGACACGAUCAUUGGUAUCCCCUCCCCCCUCCCCUUCCCCCUCCCCCC